CGGGGCCCGGUUGCCAUGGCUACGGCCGCGCCGCCGAGCCCUCGCCCUGAGGACCCCUGCGGGCUGGCGUCGCUAGCGCCUGCGGGACGCGGAGGCGGCGGCCCGGUCCCGACGGCUGUGGCCCCGCACGCCGGGAGGGACAGCGGCGCGACCGAAGCGCUGCGGCAAGCGUUUAGCGGCGGGGCACGUCGCUGCGGCGGAGCGAGGGGCGAAUGGGACCCGCGGCGUCAGGCGGCCGCCAAGGGCGACAGAAGCGGGAGCGAGGCCGCGAGGAGAGGGCCCGCCAUGGCGGCCGGCCGGCUGCGGGCUGAGGCGCGGCGAGGCGCCGGGCUGGCCGCGCUUCUGUGCGCCCUCCAUGUGCAGGCCACUUGCCCAGGUGCCACUGUCACACAGGAGCUUCUGAAGGAGGGCUUUCACAGGGACCUGCUGGUGAAGGUAGAACUUGGUGUAGCAGGGGAGGACACAGUAGGAUGCACAGUGGCAGCUAGAAUUCAUCUUCCACCAGGAAUCUAUGUGGAUCCUUACGAGCUGGCAUCGCUGCAGCAGCACAAUUCAACACAGGCAGUGUUAAUUCCCAAUGAUGUUGAUGUGGAGGCUCCAGAAUACUUGGCCACAGACCUUGUUGUUCUCCUGUUCCUGGAGCCCGACCCUCGGUGCUCCCGCUGUUUCAGAGGCGCUGUGCCUGUGCACGCGCGGUACCACCGGCCAGCAGAGGAGGCUCAGCAAGCUUUGGUUAUUCUGAAGAGCCCAGAAGUCCUGGCCUGCUGCUGUGACAAUGGCCUGUCGGCAGCGUGCUGGAAGCCUGCUGAAGUGGAAGCUCCCUGCUCAGGGAAACACCUCAGCCCCUGUCAGUGGUACAGCCUAACACCCCAACCUGCACAGGAGGAAUUGAUCCUGCAGGUUCCAGUGGGGCUCAGGCAACAUGGUUCCUUAGUGUGUGUCGUGACCCUUCUUGCCACGGUGCUCUCCUCCAGUCUGAUUCUCGCAGCUGUCUGCAGAUACGGACACUUCCCUCCAGUGACCUGCUGAGGAGAAAGAAACAGGGAAUGAGUGGCCUCCCUCCAGCAAAACUCACUGAGUAUCACAUCAGCUUCCUAAGUGAUUCCUGUUCUACCAGCAUUUAUGUGUUGGUAACAUGUGAGGGUUCUGUAAUGGGUAAUAGUUCCCUUGGUGUAUUUCUCACAGACACCUUUCACACACCAGAACACUGUUUCGGUGCCUUGUUGAUAACCAAAGCGAAGGGAGGGUAGGACUAGUGCUGCAAAACACCAGAAGGACUGCUGUGGGCAAUAUGGCAAUGGGCAAGAGCAGAGUCUCAGUCUCCAGUUCCCUCCCCUUGGCCUGGAGCCUGCUUCAGCUGCACUGCUGCCUCUGGCAGAGGUGUUUUUGUUCCUUCAAUGUAAACCAACAGGCUUGGGAGUUGUUAUUAAAGGUCUGAAAAACAUUAGCUAGUCAUUAAAGUUUCUGAUUUUUAA